AUGAAGUUUCUGCUAGUGUUUUCGCAGUCGUUGCUUGAUUUCAGACUGGCAGAGCUAGAUUCUGUGGUGGAGGUAUUGAACUUAGACCUUAGCAGACCUAGUGAUGAGAACGUCGACUUGAAUUCUGCUUGCUUGGUAGUCGAUAUUGGUUCUGAAGACGGUGCAAGAGCGUUAGCUGGCCGAUGUGUUUUGAUAAAGCAUAUUAUACAGAUAUUCGCACAGGGUAGUUCAUAUGAUGAUCUCCACGAGAAUAACAAAAAAGCCGUACAUUUAUGGAAGGUGUACACCGAUAAGACAUUCGCAUUCAACGUAGAAGCAGCAUACAAAUCUAUACCAAAGGAGCGUAGAAUGAACAUCAUCAACGCCUUCUCUUACAUGCAAUUCACAGCCCAAGUGAAUUUCAAGAAGCCAUACAUACAAUACGAAGUAUUUGAAGAGCAUAAAGCGGAUAUAAACAGUGAUGUUGAUCAUGCACAUACUUACGCACCAAGAUUAUUCCACCGUGUUUACUUUGGUCGGUUUAUAGCAUUUGGUCAGCGCAGUCUUGUGCCCAAAUUUGAUGUCAAGAAGAGAGCGUAUUUUGGUAAUACCUCGAUGGAGUCUGAAGUCACUGUCUUGAUGGCAAACCAAGCUUUGGCGAGGAAAGGCACGCUGAUUUGGGACCCAUUCGUAGGCACUGGUAGUAUGCUUUAUUUAUGCGCAUACUUUGGCUCUUAUGUUAUGGGCAGUGAUUUAGAUGGGCGUCAGAUGCGUGGUCAGCCUGGUAAGCAGCAUACAGGCCAUCCAGGCUCUCGCGCCGGAGGUAUACUCUCGGCUGCUAAAGAUUAUGGUGUUUUGGACAAAUUUUUGGAUCUUUUCACUGCAGAUGUCACCAGAAUCGGUUGGAGAACGGGUGGUACACUCGACGCGAUUGUUACUGAUCCUCCCUAUGGUGUGCGCGCAGGUGCAAAGCGCAUUGGAUUGAAACAAGGUGUGGAGUACAAGGAAAGCUACUCGGCUCAGCCAAGACCUCCAACGCAGGAUUAUGACCUGCUUAAUCUCACGAUAGAUUUGGUCGUGAUGAGCGCCUACUUGCUCAAGAGGGGAGGUCGGCUGGUUUAUUUCCUACCCACCGUCAACGAAGAGUACAAAGAGACAGAUGUGCCAACGUGUCAGGGUAUGCGGAUAAUUGCGAACUCUGUUCAGGAUUUUGGAAAGUGGUCGAGGAGAUUAAUCACGAUGGAGAAGUUUGAAGAUAUUGAUACAGAUGAUUCACUACAAAAUAUACUAUCAAAUAUAGACAUAAAUACGGCUGAUAAAAAUGUCUCGCAUUCAAACUUCAGAGAAAAGUUCUUUAGAGCAUUCGAGCCACUAGAAGAACAAAUUGUUAAUCAAUAA